GGGCCGCGGAGAAAGCUCUCCUGUGGGCUUAUGGGUUUCUCCGCCCAGCUAUCGAGAGGCCAGCCGCAGAAGUGGCGGAUCUCAAGCGGCGCGUCGCCGAGCUGGAAGGAGACGCUCGGUCCGAGGCUAGUAGGGGUGUAGAUGUGAGCGCUUUUGCUGAAGCCAUCGAGAAACAGACGAAAGUCAUGGCCGAAGCACUCGGAAAGAAACAGAAGCGCUCGACCAUUCAAGUCAGCCCAAAAGUCCAUUGGCCCACGUUGGAUGAUGAGUGCAGCGACUACCGGUCAGUCCAGGAGUUCUAUGACUCUUUCGAAGCCACGAUUGGGUUAGCAAAUGAUGGGGACGGGAUGACUGACACGGAAAAGCUCACCACGUUGAAGGCAUGCUUGAAGCAGCACCGUUUGAAAACGUAUGAGCUGAUUUACCGCAAGAACCUCGGCUCGGGAAUAGUCAAGGAAGAUCCUGGCGAGGUGUACAGGCAAAUCAAAUCCAAACAUUUGAUGUUCUCCGAGACUGCGGAAGAGAAAGAGAUUCGCGUCUUGGAAGAAGGUGAUGCCCUUCAGAAAGGAAAACUCUCCGCCUUCCAGUGGGAAGUGCGAUGGGAGUCUCACCUGGCGGAUCGAGACAGCGUUGGGCUUGGUCUAAACGCGAAGGAAGCCUUGAUCCAAUAUUUCAGGAAGAUUGGGCCCGCGCUUUCCCGCGACGUAAGACGUGACAGACGUUUUCGGCCGGAUGGGUCGGGGGGAAAUGUGUUCCGCGCAGUUGCGACAUGGGAGGAGGCUCAUGAAGUCGUAAAGGAGAUAGAGGAGACAAAUGCAGGACAGAAGGCGCUAAACAAUAGCACGUUUGCCGUCAAGCAGGUUGGAAAGGAUGGCCAGAAGGGAGCAGAUCAGAUUCACGCGCAAGGCUCGGAGUCCUUAGCGGCAAAGGUGUGCUAUGAAAUGCGGGACAAGGGCACUUGCUCCCGCGGAAAGGAUUGCAAGUUCUCCCACGACAAGGCAGUCGUGGAAGAGGCAAGAAGGAAAUGGAUGAAAGAAAAGAAGCAGCAAGAACGGCCUUCCGAAGAGCCAGUAGCCAAGUACGAAGGAGGGCGGAAAGGAGGAAAAGGAAAAGGUAGUGGCCGAAAAGGGGCGGAUCAGGUGCUGGCUACAGAUCCCAAGGCCAAAGGCGAGAAAGGGAAGGGAGAGGAAGAGGAGCAGGUCACCUUCACACAGCUCAGACAGGAGCUCAUCGAGCAUGCACUCAACCAACAGGUCACCCUCUUGGAAAAGAGAGAGAAGGAGCAAAAGCUCCAGUCAAGGUCAGCCACACCAACACCCAGUAGAGUGUGGCAGAAGAAGGAGUUGGAGAGGCAAGAGUGGCACUUGGCCAGCAAUUUUGGAAAGGCUGAGAAGCUGGAGACUUUGUAUGAGAAGCCAGCUGUGGGAACAACACCUGAAAAGGUGGCUGCAAAGGAAAACAAGCCUGAUGAAGAGAAGAAGAAAAACAAGGAGAAACAUGUGGAGCCAAGCACAGGUUCCAACUCAGGCUCAGCAGAAAUGGCAGAUGCAGGGGAUGCUACCACACCUGCAAAGGUGGCAGAGACCCCUGGCAAGGUGGAGGCACCUGUGGAAGAAACACCUGUGAAGGUGGAAGAUACACCUGCAAAGGUGGGAAAGGCACCUGCAAAGGUGGAAAAGGCACCUGCAAAGGUGAUGGUUGACUUCCACAAUGUUUUGGAAGUAGAUGGCCACAUCCCACAGCAAAACAUUGAUGCUGUGUUCAGUCUCCUUGAGAAAGGAGUUGCAGUGGUUGUGUGCUCCUUUGCCUUCCCCAGGAGGGAGAGGGAGGUCAUGGCCACACUGGCCACAAUGCCUUGGUUUGAUGCCUUGGAAAAGGCUUUCUGCAUCAGAGAGAGGACUGGCAGAUGGGGGAAAAGCAGCUGGGCUCUUCACCUUGGCUGCACAGCCCUCUUUGAUGAUGGUGCUGACAUUUGUUCUGAAGCUGCCUUCUGGAAGCUGGACACUUACCCCAUCUGCACUCACAAGGAAAAGCAUCACUGGUGCAGAAAGCCACACCCCACACCACUGGAGACCUUCCAGACCUUCAAAGAUGCUGUGGACAGGUGUAGCUACCCAGAUUGUAGCAGCAAUGAAGAGGCCAAGCAGGUAGAAAGAUGGCCGCAAGAAGAAGUCGUGAUGGGUUUGGCAAAUGACGCCCCUAUCAAGCUGAAGGGUGCGGUCGUGAUGCGCGUUCAGAUGCCUGACGUGAACGGCCAAAAGGUCGAAGAGAUCCUCGUACGGGCAAAGGUGAUCGGCAAAGGGUUGUCGACGUGGCAAGGCCUGAUCCUCGGCGGCCGGGCGCUGGACGCGGUGGAGCGCGGCGGACUGGGUUUUAGGCCAGCAGCGUCGCGCCAUGUGUUUGACGGCUUGGGAGUGAAAUUACCUAGAAAGGAGGAGAUGGAGCCGUUUCCAGACCGUGCCUAUCCAUUUGUCUCUAUCCCAAAGACCCUGUUCGAUCAGGCAUGGGAUCCGGACGAAGAAGGUGACGAGGUCAAGAUGGAAGGUGAAGUGUUCGUCAGUGAAGAGGACCUCGUGAUGGAGCCGAUGACAGGGGACUGGAUCAGAGUUGUGGAAGCAGCAGCCUGGAUCUCAGGUCCAGAGUGUGAGGCAAAUGGCAAGCCGCAAGUGGUGCUGCUCCUAGCAGGCCUCAUGGCGUUCUUGACGGCAGGGGUCGCGGCCGAAGGCGCGCCCGAAGCUGUAAGUAAAGGAGUGACAUCUACAUGGAAGCCGGCGCAAGAAUCAGUUUUUCACAUUGUAGAGACUCCAGGGGCUUUGGACCUCAUGGCGGAGGAGAGUCCAACGGACGAGUACUAUCAUCUCUUACGGGAGGAUAUGGAGAAAAGGUAUCCGGAAGCCUCAAUCCAUCUGUUGGACCACCUUGAAGCCCUGGAGUCCUUCCUAGAUCGGAGUAUCAUCGCAGGGAUGACGUUUGGCAUAGACAAGGCAAGCGUCGCUGUUGUGGAAGGCGAGAAUAUCAGCCAUUACAAUCCCCAUGUGAUCGUGGCAGCAGGUUGUGAGUUGCUCAAGGAAGCCUGCCCGGAGAUGUUCAAGCCACAUCCCCUGGAAAGUAUUCCCCGACUAGGCCUCUUAGAAGGAGAAGUUCCGAGGAAAGAGGAAAUCCGGGAAUUCCUGGGAGCGGCAGGAGUAGUGCUGGUGGAGACGUGGGAUUCGAUCUUGUGGAAGGGAUGGCUGGAAAAGCCUUCAAAAGAUAUUUGGGAGCAUGGUGGGUUGUGUGCCUGCGGUCGGAGGACGCGGCUUUUCGGGCAGUGCAUGGAGUGCAUCGCCCAAGAGCAUUCCGAAGAUAAGCUUGCAAGGGCUUUGAAAGAGGAAGAAGAAUGCGUCGAAGAAGACCAGGGAGCUAAACGAGAAGGGCUCAUACAGAGUUUCAAUCUCAAGGCAGAGAUAGAGAGAGAUGAAGACACGGGGUUGGAGAAGUUGACGAAAGGAGCAGAGGAUUGGCUGGAUCAGAGAUACCGAGAAAGGGAAGCUGUGGCAGAAGAGGCCAGAGGAGCUUCAGGCUCUCGGCUCGGAGUAGGCCAAGACUUAAGGAACGCUUGGUUCAAAGAUCAAAGAAGCGAUCCCAAGCUGCUUCCAAUCAUCCAAUCUUGUUGGAAGAAGAAGGAAUCCAGAUUCCGAAUUGCAGAUGAUGGACUGCUGGAGAGACUCGUGCAUAAUGUGGACGGAACAGGCGCUGAGAAAUGGGUGCCAGUAGUUCCUGAAGGGGAAGCGGCCCAUAUGAUGACCUGGCGAGAGUUUUGCGCAAGACAGGUUCACGCGGGUGUCAUGGGGGCACACAGGAGCGGAAGCAAGAUGCUCACCCUGUUGCGACGUACCUGCUGGUGGGAAAACAUGGAAGUAGACUUGGAAAAGUUCAGCGACAAUUGCCUUACGUGCAUACGGGGGCGAAAACGUCCGGCUAAGCAGCAGGCAGUGGCAGUGAAGCCUUCUUGGUUGGAGUGUUGGGAAGAAGUCGCGGUGGAUUUCGAAGGCCCAAUGCAUCCAGAAGAUGCAGCAGGUAACAGGUUCAUCCUGUCCUAUAUGUGCUGCGUGUCGCAUUCCAUCAUGCUGGAACCUCGCAAAGCUUUGACGCAGAUGGAAGUGAGAAGGGCUUUUUCUAAGUUGAUGUUCCGGAGCAGGACUAUCCCAAAGGUGCUACGCUCAGAUCGAGGCCAAGAAUUCCAGAGUACCUUAAUGAGAGAGUAUUGUGCGAUCCUGGGUUUGCGGCAAAAGUUCAGCGCACCCUUGAGGCCCUGCGAGCUGGGUGCUACGGAACGAAUCCACCAGGAAACCCAGAAAGUGUUAGGUUUGAUGGUGCACGAUGUGUGCAAGGCGAGACCUCACGAAUGGGGUGAGCUCUUAGGAGUGGUGGAGUUUGUGUUGGAUACCACCCCUGGGCCGUCAGGGAUUGCGCCUCGAGAUUUUGAAAGAGGCUGGAGUAUAGCGUGUCCUCUGGAACGAGAACUCUUAGGUCAAUCAGUGUGGGAAUUUGAGCCCGUAGAAGAGCAUACAAAGAAACUGUUCAGGUCUUAUCGGGAGAUCCGUGUGAAGGUGCUGGGUUGGUAUGCAGCCUCUUCUGCCAAAAGGGCGGAACGAGCCAACAGGUUCAGAAAGGUCAAGGUUGUGGAGAUCGGAGACCUCGUGGUCUAUCGCGACCCGCGCCUCCGAUCUGGAGGGCGAACGCCUUGGCGCAAGCAACUUUCUGAACCCUAUCGAGUCGUAGCGCAGAGAGGUAACCGUGUGGACCUGGAGUCACCGGUUGAGGGCGGCGUUCGUGGGGGUACGUCUUCUUCUGCGCGUCGCCUUCUUCGCGAUGUGCACAUGGAGGAUUUGUUGCUCGUGCCACCGGACGCCCUAGAAGUGGAAGCAAAAGCAGCGUGCCAGUUUGAAACUGAGGACUCCCCCAUGGCAGUCCGCUCACCCGGAAUGAUGUUAGAGGAACGCGGGCGAGCGACAGCUGCCGCGGAAGGCGUAGUGCCAGGGAGGGCGAAUAAAAGAACAAGCCAAGGAAAGCUUGCGUCACUUCGUGUUGGGAGUUUGGUUGCGUACGCCACCGAUAGCAUUCGGGCAAACGUGCCGGACAACAAGCGCGUCAAACGGUGCAGAGUGGGGCAGGUACGAGACAUUCACCCAGGGGUGCAGCAGCUACAAGUGCAUAGGUACCAACCGUUUGCCGAUGGCAGGUUGAGAGUGUUAUGGAAGCCCAUCUACUUGUCGGCUGGUACGAAAGAAGAGACUUUUGAAGCCUUGGGGAAUGAGCCGCUGAUCGAAACAGUUUUCCUGCAGCGCGUGAUCACCGAAGUGUUCCUGAACAGUGGCGUAGUGAAUCAUGCUUCAGCGCGGCGGAUUGAUGCCAGCGGCUAUCGAAUCGAUGAGCGGAAGUCGCCAUCUUUGGUUAAAGAAAUGGAGCAACUCCAUUGCGCUGCGGUCCAGCAGUCAUGGGUGCAAGCCCAUGCGACAUUAGUGGCCGUAACUAGCCCUGAACGAACGUUGGAGCGACCAGAAAAUGGCGACGGUAUAGGUGGCCUAGAAGGAGGACCAGAGCUCGAGGCGUUGUUGGAGCAGAAGCACCAGGAGGCAUCCAGGAAGUGGAAGGCAUUUGCCUCAGCGAAGCAGUGGGACGAAGCGAUCGAACGAUCUUCAGUGCAGGAGCAGCAGAUCACGGAAGCUUUAGAAGCCUGCGGAUUUCGCUCUCGCGGCCUGGGCGCAGAAAGCAGUCCAAGCCAACAACUGGUAGGCCCAAAGCGGCCGGUACAAAAGGAAGCGCAAAGAAAAGGCCAAAACAAAGAAGACGGUAAGACCGGCGAGUCAAGCGCUAGUAAGAUGAGUUCCCUUUGCGACCAAAUAGGUGCGGGGAAGAGCAGGUACGACUUUCCCGACAAACAGGGAGGUGUAGAACCAGAGGUUUGCAAGGUUCCUCCCCCGGUGGCUCUUGUAGAACGAGUGUUGACGGUUGAGUGGGGUGUUAGGAGUUGGGGCAAUCCUCAGGAAACCCGGGUUCCUAGUUGCAACAAUCCCACUAACGUUUCCCGCAGCCAUUUGCUGGUUCAACGGGCGGUGUCUAGCGAGGCCGUAGAGAGCUUGCUACAGACGCCCACCAGAGGCGAUAGGAAGGGUAACAAGGCAGGGGACGAGCGACUACUGACCUGCGGGCGCACCCUGCCGCGGUCCGUGAGUAUGGGCGGAGAAAAGGGCAAGGGCCGAGGAAAGUUCAAAGGCCUCUGGGAUGUUUGGGCGGGGCAGUGGAAUGUUGACGAAGUCAGCCGAAGGAUCACGAAGCUGCUCCGGCAUGGGAGAGACCUCUCAGAGCAAGAGAAGGUGCAGCAGAUCAGCGCGGCUGGGUGGUCUGCCGCAUCUUUCGUGCUGCGGUGCCUCAACAUCAUCCCAGAUCAAACAACGGAUGAGCUGUUAGUGAGAGCGGCAAAGGAGUCUGGAAGGCGUCUGGAGACCAACUGGACGUCAUUGGGGCUCUACAUCCGGGCGCGUCAUAGCUGGAGUCUUCCCCACGUGAGGGAAGGAUUACCCCUGGCGAUUUUGGAGCAAGAGCCCUCUGUCUUGUUCCACGGAACCUCGCGUGUCGCCUGGCAAGGGAUCUUGGGGUCUGGCGCUCUGGUCUCAGAGGCGACCCUGCACGGAGGUCAUGGUAGAACCGAUGUGCACCUUGUUCGCCAACCAGAAGCGAUCAAAAAGGGAAGUGAAGUGAUGAUCUGGAUUCCCACCAGGUUGUUGGGUCGGAUCGCCCUCAGAGCCCAGCAUCCUGUCUUCGCGAACGAAAAGGCGAUUUACUUCAGCUUCCCAUUACCAGUUGGGGGUAUGUGGAAAGUUACAGCCGUAGAUACAAAGGAAGUAGUCUGGACAAAUGACGCCAUGACACCGAGCAGAGCAGACACGCCGCAAAGCACCCCUAGGGCAGCGGACCAAGUGGUCGCGCCUCAGGCAAGUAAUGCAGGUUCAAGGGCCAGAGAAGAGAGCCCAGAAUCUUAUGAAGAAGGAGAGUCGUCGUAUGACGAGGAAGAUGAAAGCGAAGCAAAGAAGAAGCCAGGAGAGAGUUCCGCCGAAGGCUCAGAGGAGACGGCAGGUCCUGGAACCGCUGAGGCUACAGAAAAAGGGGGUGGAGAACGCCCGCGGCCGGCUUUUCCACUGCCGACAGAGCCUAAAGCAGGGCUGCCGAAAGUAGCUGCUGCGGACAGUGCCGGGACCAGUGCCGAAAAGGAUUCGCCUCUGCAAGAGGACAGGCCACGGAGUUCGCAAGGAACAGCCGCGAUACGGUAUAAGGCUGCUCCGGCGUGUUUGAAGGCCACAGUCAAGCAAGAAGUCCUAGAGAGCGAGAGGCCUAGUGGUGCGGCGGCAGCGGAGUCAGUGACAGAGGAGAGCACGGGUAAAGGAAAUCCGAGCGAAGAAAUUCGUGAAGGAGGGGACCAAGUCGAAGCCAGCAGUUCGAGAGAGACAAAGGAACUUGGGCCUUCCGCUGAGCAAGUCAAGAAAGAAGCGGAAAUGACGGUCCCGGUCGGGCAGGAUGGGGCAGUAGUCGAGCUGGAACAGAAGCCAGACUCUUCACCCGAUUGGGGAACUUCGUCAGCUUCGGAGAGCAGUCAAAGAUCCCGGAGCACCCGUCGGAAGCCCAGUCCGACUAGAGAAGCAUCCAGCGGUCAGGAUGACGCGGAUGGAUCAGCCCGUCAGGUGGUCUUGCAGGCGAGGCCAGCAGAGCCGACAGUGCCACCAGAAGGGGCAGCAGGAGUACGUAGCUCCACGGCGUCCCGUCGAGACGCCGUGCGGGCGCAUAUGGAAAUGCACGGAUCAGUGACGUGCCCGAGGUGUGGCGAAGAGAAUGCGCAGCGGAGAGUGAAGUGUUAUAAAUGCAACCUGGAGAGAGCGGACGCAGGUGCAGUUAGGAGCGAGUUCGAAGCUCCAUACCACCGCGGGCAUAAGAAACGCGGGAAGAAAGGCUCGGCGCGCUCCUCACACACCUGGAGAGGCGGCUGGAGCUCGGAUCGCCAAGGACAAGCCACUGCAUCGAGCUCGGAGGACUGGCGACAAGGCUCAUGGGCUUCGCAGGAUUGGCAGAACGACGCCUGGGCGCCGGAACGCUGGCAAGGUGGCGAGUGGACGUCGCAAGACUGGGGAAGCGGAUGGAAGAGAAAGUACGAUCCGACGUCCGGAACGGACGAGAACCAUCCGUACGCGCAUGCCGGGCAGGCGUGGGCAGUUGGCCUAGGGGCGACGCUCCUGUUGGAAGUGGCGUGGUCAGGCGUGAGAGUCGCCCGGCAGACAGGGGAGAGCGCUGCGGCCAUAGUGCGCGCGCUCGAAGGAGCUGUCGUGGCGGUUGUAGAAGCCGCCGGAGUACAGGCAGAAGCGACCGUUUCCAAGGUGUUCGAAUGGAUGGCCUUGAUCUUGGCCUUGUGGGCUGUCUGGGCUUUGGGUAGAUGGUGGAAGCACCGAGAAAUGAUGAUGGCCGGGUUUAGCGCUGGGAAGAAGCGUGGGAAGAGAAACACCGAUGCCGGAAAGAAGGGUGAACCCGAAGGGCAAGAGUUGUCGCUAGGCUUGAGGAAGAAGGAAGAAGAACGAGAUCGUUUCCGGCUCUCCCGCCUUUCAGUGCAGACGACAGGUAAGAGAAGAAGAAAUCAGAGACUGGCUGGAGUUGAAACUCCUUCGAUGAGCCCGGUCGGGAAAGAAAAGACCACCAAAGAUCCAGCGGCCCAGUCGAGGGCGCGGACUGAUGACCGUUCGGUGGUGCCAGAGAAGCCGAUAGGGGCAGGACCAAUCCGAACAAUCGAGCUGCUGCGAAGCGCUACCGAGGCGCAAGAGUGCGCAGUACAAGUGCUGACCUCUUGUGCGGCCGAGAGCGCCAAGAAGGAAGUCAUGGUUCGGCUCACGGCGUACGCCAUCGACCGGCCGGAGUUGUUCGGAGCGCUAAAAGUAGCGCAAGAUAGAGGAUGCGACGUCGAGGUGUAUGUUGAUAAGUCGCAGACCGGACGAACCACAGAGCAGAAAAGGUGGGUGCACCAGGCAAGGUCCCAAGGCUUGAAGAUCUUCAUUGCCAAUGGGGAAAGCCUGGGACCGCACUAUGCGGCAGCAGGGCGGACGCGUUACAACUUCUGUGGAGCAUUGCAUGGAAAGACCCUAAUGGUCAAGAAAGGUGACCAACUGGAGCUCAUUAUCGGCUCCAUGAACUGGACCACUGCUAGCCGGGGAAACCAUGAGAUUGGACUUCAUUUGACAUUAG